GUUUUUUAACAUCAUAUGUGACGCAGCAUCAUGACUAAGCAUGCAGCACAACCGGUGAAACACUUCAAGACUGUGAAAGCAUAUGGGGCAGCUGAUAAGGGAAACAAGGUGUGGAGAUGCACGUACUGCAACAAGAAUAGAACCGGGACUGCCUCCCGCCUGAGGGAUCAUUUCCUGAAAGGUGCCUGCAAUGUCGCACGUCUGAAAGGGACAAUCAACAAGGAAAAAUUGUUACGGAGGGAGCAGGGAAGAGAUGCCGCCAUUGCAGAGCUUGGAGGUGCACUUACCGGAGCUGGUGCUGAGCUCGAUCUGUCUUCAAGCGAGGAUGAAAUCGACACGGAGGAUGCAGUCACCAUUGUUGCCCUCACGAAGUCCUCGACAACGCACGCCAGGCAAACGAAAAUUGUUGACAGCGCCGCUAUCAUCACUGCGAAUGAGCAAACCCAGCGUGUCCCAAAGGAUGGAGCAACUGCGCAAGGAAUGACCCGUCAGCGGUUGCAUGUUGCAACUCGAUGGGUGGACCGAUCGGCGAGGAAGACCAUUCAUAAAUGUGAUGGUCUCCUUCCCCAAAGGCGUCGUCUUUUGGCGGGCUGUUUGUAUGGAGCGCCGAGAGAAGGGGGCGAAGGCAUACUUCGGCAUUUGUCCACGGCUAUCCGCGAGAUCGGGGAGGAGGCAGUGGUGGGGGUGGUGAUGGACAAUGCAUCGACCUGUGCAGCUGCAGGGCGGAUGGUUGAGGCGGAGUUCAAACACAUUUUCUCAAUGCCGUGCACAGCGCACAGCAUUGACCUGAUGCUCGAGCAGUUUGGGAAGAUCGGGUGGGUGGACGUCAUUCUGAAGAAGUCAGCGGAGGUAGUGAAGUUUUUUAUGAACCACACGAGGGUGCGGGACUUGCUCCUCGUCAAUUCCCAGGGAGCAAUUCUGGCAAGGCCAGGAGCGACUCGGUUCGCCACGAAUUUCAUCAUGCUGGACAGCGUGCAGGACUUGUACCUGCCGCUGCGAACGUGUUUUACGGAUAAUGACUGGAAGGAUAGCAUCGUGCUUCCCGGGCAGCGGCAUUUGUUUGCUGCUGCGACAGAGACCAUCCUCGACAAUGAUUUUUGGGCAGGAGUCGAGAAGGUGCAGAAAACGUCCGAGAAACUACUUCAACUGUUGAAGUUGAGCGACGGAGUUGGACCGACGAUGAGCAAGAUCUAUGGUGGCAUGGACGCGGUUGUGGAGAGCUUACGCAGCGAGGAGUGCUUCACAAAAAUAGAAAAGGAAGAGCUCGAGGAGAUCAUAAUGCGGAGGUGGAACACUAUGACUUCUCUGCUGCAUUGCGCAGCAAUGUUUUGUGAUCCUGAGUUCAGGGACUCGAGAUUGGAAAAGGACCCUGAGGUGAUGGAUGGUUUUUGGACGUGGGUGUACUCCUGGGCAAAACCAACGGAGUACAAGGAGUUGAACGAGGAGGUGAAUUGCUGGAUUAAAGGGACAAGCAAGUUCAGAAGCGAGAGGGCACUUGCAGAGGCGGACAGCGGCCAACCAACCAGAUGGUGGAGAAAGUGGUGCACUGAGUUGCCGAACUUGCUGCGUCAGGCAAUCCGUUUGCUUGGACAGGGGUCUUCUGCAGCGCCAGGCAAUCCGUUUGCUUGGACAGGGGUCGUCUGCUUCCGGUUGUGAGCGGAAUUGGAGUCUUUUCGAAAGGAUUCACUCCAAACCGCGCAACAGCCUUGCCGUCGCACAAUUGAGCACAUUGGUAUACAACAGAUGGAACCAGCAUCUGUUGGACAAGCUUGAGAAGAAGCCGGUUGAAAGGAAGACCCGAAGAAGAAGCCUUGGAGGGAUGGGUUCGGGGGCUUGACAGCAGAGCAAUUGUGCGAGGACGCAAAGAAGAGGAUGCAGGAGUAAAGAUCCAAGCUGCGU